UGUCCACAGCAUCCCUCAAGAAUGUAUGCAGGUAUCCAGCCUGAGGCUGAAGGGAAGUGGCUCUCCCAUGGGAAUGCAGAUUUGAAGUCUAUGGUGACAGUCCCAGGUGGAGAGAUGCUGGCUUUGAAUAACAUGAUGACCAUCUCUCUGAACCCCCAAAUCGUGGGAAUGCAUGAACAAGAUAGGAAUGAUUCAAAGGAACAGGUAACAACUCUAGGAAGAGAAAAAUUUAACCCUGAGGCUUUUCGCAAGAGCUUCAGAUGUUUUCCAUACCCAGAGAAAGCUGGACCCCGUGAGGCUGUAAACCAGCUCUGGGAACUCUGUCUUCAGUGGCUGAGGCCAGAUAUUCACACAAAGGAGCAGAUCCUGGAGCUGUUGGUGCUGGAGCAAUUCCUGACUAUCUUGCCCAGUGAGACCAGAAUUUGGGUGAAGUCCCAGGAUCCAGAGAACAUUGAGGAGGUGAUCACCCUGGUGGAAGAUUUGACCCAAAUGCUUGAGGAGGAAGUUCCAAGUUCUCAAGAUUGUCCUCUUCAAGAGAGAAGCCCAGAAAAGGAGGAAAUGUCUGCUGUGUUACCAAUAGCCAGCUUUCAGGAAACCAUCACAUUCCAGGAUGUGGCUCCAGACUUCACUUGGGAAGAGUGGAUACAAUUGAACCCCGGUCAGCAGGACCUCUGUAGGGAUGUGCUGAUGGAAAACUAUAGAAACUUGAUCUUUAUUGGACUUUCAAUUUCUAGACCAGAUAUGUUCUCUCAGUUGGAACAUGGAGAAGUGCCAUGGUUGUUGAAAACUGAAGCUCCAAGAGACAUCUGCCCAUAUUGGGACAUUGGACCUGAAGUGGAGUUCAUUCCAAUGUGGGGAACUACUAUAGACGAAUCAUCUCAGGAGACACUAAUGGAAAGAACUAUGGGGCAUAGUUCCUGGGACUCUAGACUAGAAGCUUUUAAAUGUUAUGGCUCACUAAUGAGGCAUCAGAAUCAUCAGGAAAGGCAUUUGAAGCAAGUAACAAUCACACAUGAAGAAACUUUAAGUAUGGAAAGAGACUCUGAAAACAGUGAAUUUGGGGGAUGCUUCAGUCUGAGCUCAAUCUUAAUUACACAACAGAGAGUUCCUAUAGUAAAUCAGUCAAUCAGCAGUCAUUUAUUGGAUGCCUACUAUGUGCCAGGCACUGUGUUAGGCACUGGGAAUACAAAUAAAAUAAAUGAGACAAUUCCUAAUCUUUAUAGCUUUGACACACAUGGAAAGAGUUUCCAAGAUAACUCAGAAUUAAAUAAAUGUCAAAAAAUCUAUACAGGAAAUUAUAGAUUGAUGUAUAAUGAAUUUGGGGAAGCCUUCAGCCAGAUUUCACAAUUUAACCUUCAGCAUGCCGGUCAUUCUGGAGAGAAACCCUAUAAAUGUAGUGAAUGUGGGAAAGCCUUUACACAAAGGGCAAGCCUUACUCAACAUCAGAGAAUUCAUUCUGGAGAGAAACCUUUUAAAUGUAAUGAAUGUGGGAAGGCCUUCACCCAGAGGGCACAUCUAACUCAACAUUUGUUUACUCACAAUGGUGAGAAACCUUUUAAGUGUUAUCAGUGUGGGAAAGCCUUCAUCCAGAUCUCACAGCUUAAUAUUCAUCAAAGAAUUCAUUCUGGUGUGAGAUCCUAUAUCUGUAAUGAUUGUGGGAAAGCUUUCACUCAGAGGACAAAUCUUACUCAACAUCAGAGAAUUCAUUCUGGGGAGAAGCCUUUUAAAUGUAAUGAGUGUGGGAAAGCCUUUACCCAGAGGGCACACCUUACACAACAUAUGUUUACUCACAGUGGAUCUAAACCUUUUAAGUGUAAUGAAUGUGGAAAAGCUUAUAGUCAGCUUUCACAACUUAAUGUUCAUCGAAGAAUUCAUUCUGGAGAGAAAUCCUAUAAGUGUAAUGAAUGUUCAAAAGUCUUUCCCAUGUGGGCAGAACUUACUAGACAUCUGAGAACUCAUUCUGGAGAGAAACCUUACAAAUGUAAUGAAUGUGGGAAAGCCUUUACUCAGAGGGCAAGCCUUACUCAACAUCACAGAAUUCAUUCUGGCGAGAAACCGUAUAAGUGUAAUGAAUGUGGGAAAGCCUUUACUAAGAGAGCACAUCUUACUCAGCAUCAGUUUACUCAUAGUGGAGAGAAACCAUUUAAGUGUAAUGAAUGUGGGAAAGCCUAUGGUCAAUUUUCACAGCUUAAUAUUCACCUAAGAAUUCAUUCUGGAGAAAGAUCAUAUAAGUGUAAUGAAUGUGGGAAAGCUUUCACUCAAAGGGCAAGUCUUACUCAACAUCAGAGAAUUCAUUCUGGAGAAAAACCAUAUAAAUGUAAUGAAUGUGGGAAAGCUUUCACCCAAAGAGCACAUCUAACUCAACAUCAAUUUACUCAUAAUGGAGAGAAACAUUUUAAGUGCAAUGAAUGUGGAAAAGCCUAUAGCCAGAUUUCACAGCUCAAUAUUCAUCGUAGAAUUCAUUCUGGAGAGAAAUCCUAUAAAUGUAAUGAAUGUGAGAAAAUUUUCCCCAAGUGGGCAGACCUUAAUCGACAUCAGAGAAUUCAUUCUGGAGAGAAACCUUAUAAAUGUAAUGAAUGUGAGAAAGCCUUUACCCAGAGGGCACACCUUAGUCGACAUUUGCUUACUCAUAGUGGAGAGAAACCCUUUAAGUGCAGUGACUGUGGAAAAGCCUUCACCCAAAGAGCAUAUGCUCUUCAACAUCAGAGAAUUCAUUUGGGAGAAAAGUGCCUUACACCUAGUAGGAGCUUAAUAAAUAUUUGUGAAUUGAAGUGAAUUAAAAUGUUUUCCUGAUAGCCUCUGUCUACUGUAGUGAUGUCAAAUUCAAAUAGAAAUGGGAGCUUUGAUAUAUAACCAACAUAUUGUCCCUGUGCCAACAUAUUGACUUAAUUUUAAAAUGUAAUGUUAUUAAUAUAUUAUUGUAUUUUUAUUUAUUUGGUUCAGUAUUUCCCAAUUACAUUUUAAUCUGGUUGCUGUAUUCCAGAACAGGUUUUAACAGUUUUGGUUUACAGAAUUAUUAUGCUCUACUAGUCUAGUUACCCUGUCAAAGAAGAAAAGGUUCUUAAUAAAACCACAUCAACUUUUUUUUUUUGCCACACCAAUUUUUAAUUAGUUUAACUUCCCUUUCUAGCUUAUGAUUCACCCACUGAUACUGUGCCCUAAGAUUAUUUUUUUCCAGAAAUAGUUGUUUAUUCAUUUAUAGAUGAGCUUACAGACUCUUUUAGUUCUGAAAAUGGGGAUAUUUUGCCCUUUUCCAAUCCUGUGAAACCUCUUCCUAUAGCUCUCACAAAUUAUGAGUGGCUCAGUUGUGAGGUCUACCAAUUUAUUUAGUAUGCUAGGGUGUAUCAACUAGUGAUUUGAACUCAUUGAGAGUAGCUAGAUGCUUGCUUGAGUGUUUCCUCAUUUAUCUUGGAUUUAUUUGAUGCUAUUAAUUUUUCUUCUAGUCUUCCCAGUCCAUAGAGCUUCUUGGAAGAGAAAACAAUAGAAGAGGUAAGUAGAUCAGUCAGUCAUUUAACCAUCUUCUCUUCUGAUGAUGAAGUAUACUCACUUUUGGGCUGAAGUGAUAGAGUAGUGAAACAGAAUGAGACAUACACUUUGAGACAUUGGGGUGGAAUGAAGGUAGUGAUAAUUUAUGAUGCACAAAAGAAAAGAAAAACAUUAAUGAAACAUUUAAGAAUAUAUAAGAACAGAAAAAAGUUAGAGAAUUAUAAAUAAGGGUAGUUUUGUUUCAAUCAUGUUAAAUUUAAUAUUUCUGAUAUUGAAAUGUUUAAGUUCAAAUUAAAAAUAAAUUUAAAUUUUAAAAAGCAUGUUACUAUUUGUCCACUCUUAGCUGCAGUUAUUUCUUUGAUCUUCCUCUUAUCCAAAACCAUAAUUAAAACAACCCUUUUGUUAUCCUUAGCAUCAUAGGGCUGUCCUUUUUUGUGUUCAAUCUCAGUUGUUCUUCCAUAUGAUUUAAGAACUGCAGUGAUGAGUUUCAUGUGUAUCUGCACUACUCAAGGGAAAUUCCUUCUGUCUUCAGAAUAUCAUUCUUGAGAGUUUUAUGUUCCUUCUGGGCUAACAACUUCUGCUAAGUAAUGGGUCAUUGGAUCCUACUUAUUUUUUUUCCUUUUAACUCUUUGAAGUAUGUUCUACUGAAAUCUCAGUUGCAUUCCAAAUUUUGCUUGACUUUCAUUUCCUCAAACACAAACUCUAGGAAGGAGUGACCAUUAGUCUCCAAGGUUCCUGUCAUUUUUGUUACAGAAGGUUAGUUGCUGCUUCUUUGUUGGGCUUCUUUAGUUGUUGCUUCUUUGUUUCUUAGGUUUAGAUGAUCAGUUUUCCUUUAUUGCUUCUUAUCUUUUGAAGAUUGAAAUCAGUAUGAAUGCAAGUCACAAAUUUGUCAUCUGCUUUACAUUUGGUAGAGAGUGUAAAUAAUUGAAGGCCUUUGUCAUUAUUUCUGUUCCACAUUUUAUAUUUUUUCUCAAACUCAUCUAUUUUCUCUAAAUGAAUUAAUAUCUAUUCUAAUACACAAGUGGAUCUGUAAUCUCACUUAUAUGAGCAUUCAACGGUAUCUUAUCCGUACCUGCCAAUCUUUUGGGACUCUUGUAACAAUGUCUUCCCAUAAUUUAAUUAUAGAUAUUCUACUUAUGUUCUGGGGCCGAAUUUAAAUUCUCUGAUAUUGCUGAGAUACCAGUGAAAUGCACGGGCUUGUUCAGUUAUAUUUCGUUCAGUGGUGUGUGACUGGACAAAGGCUUUUUUUUUUUUUUUUUUUUUUUUUUUGACUACUCAUGACUUUGAUAAUGUUUGAAUCAUAGAUUUAGAACUAAAAGGGGCCUCGGAGACCAUCUAGUGCGGUACUUUUCUUUGAAGAGAAGACUGUGUUUAAAUGUGAAUAGAUUCAGGAUUUAAAACUGGAAGGAAUCUCAGGGGCUAUCUAAUUUGAUACUCUACUUCUUCAUUUUAAAGCUAAGGGUAUUGAGGUCCAGCAUCAGAGACAGGAUUUAAAUCCAUAUCUUCUUAACUUUAAAACCAGUACUCAGCACUGUAUCAGACUGCCUCCUGUUUUUUUAUAUUUAUACCAGUUGUUUCUUUCUAAAGCUUUUAAUGCAAUUGAAGUUUUCUAUUUUAUCUUUCAUGGUCAUCUCUAACCCUUUAUACUACAUUUAUUGAAGCUUUUUUACAUUAAUGUUACUUUCCAAUGAUUCCUUCCACUUACCAGAGUCUUUCCUUAUAACAACAAAGUAUAAUUAAGCAAACAAACAAAUAUAUUGGAUAUGUCUAAUAGUAGAAACCUCAUUCUUUUGCUGUUGUCUUCUGCCUAUCUUCAAAGAACCAUAAGUACAAAACUGGAAGGGAUCUGAGAGACCAUCCAGUCUCUCCCAUUUUAUAAAUGUGAAAACCGAGGCCCAGGCAGAUUUAGUAGCUUGUCCAAUAAUCACUCAGCUAGCAAGUUUCAAAGUUGGGAUUUAAACCCAGAUCCUCUUUCUUUCUUCCAUGCUGCUUUCCCAAGUCAAGAUUUGACAUCAAAUUGGUCAAUUCAUAAUUUCAGCACUAACGAAGAUCAGAAGGAGGUUAAGAAGGAAGCAUUGGCAAGUUGAGCAACUUUGUUAUUAUUAUGUUAAAUAUAUACUUUCAAAAGCUGUAUACAAUAAAAGUUUAUAAUUUCUUAUUUUUGAAAACAUAACAUCAGUUUAAUAGUGUACCACUUUUCCUAAAGCCCCUUCAAUAUUGUCUGUCUUGUCAUAUUUGCCAAGCUAACCCAUGAAUUUGGAAUAAAGUUUCAGUUUAAGUAUAUUUUUGUUAUUGAAGCCUUUCAUAUGGUAACUGGUAAUUUGCAUUCUUUUAAAACUGUUAAAAAAAAUAAAAAUAAAACUUAAUAUCCUUUGAUCAUUUUUGGGAAUAAUUCUCAAAGUUCUCUUAACUUGUCUUAAAAUAUUGCAUCAAUUUCCUAAAUAUCUUAGGUUAUCAGACAUACAUUGCAUAUUUUCUAUGAAAAGUUUUUUCCAGUUAAUAGCUUCUUAUUCUAGCUUCAUUGAUUUUAUUAUUUGUGCAAAAGCUUUUAUAUUUUAUAUAAUUAUAGUUGUCUAUUUUAUCUUUUAUAAUUACCUUUAUUACUUGUUUGAGAAUUUCCUCUCUAUUAUAUGUAGUUAUAUAAGUUACUUUCUUGAAUUCUUUGAUAAUUUUUAUUUUUAUGAUGGGUUUUUUAUAUUUAGAUCACAUCCAUUUGAAGAUAUUAUAGAUAGUAUAUGGUAUAAGCCUAACUUUUGCCAAACUGCUUUCCAAUUUUCCCCAAACAAUUCUUGUCAAAUAGGGAAUUCUUAUUCCUGGUCUUGCUAAACUUGGCUACUAAGUUUACUUGCUUCUGAGUCUUGCUUAACAAAUCUGCUGAUCAAGCUUUCUAUUCUAACCAGCAGCAAAUUAUUUGAUGAUUAUUAUUGUUCAGUUGUUCUAGUCAUGACUCCUUCUUGACUUAUUUGGGGCUUUCUUAUCAAAGUCACUGGAGAGGUUUACCUUUUCCUUUUCCAGUGGAUCCAUUUUUUCGGGUAGUCAGAUGUUAAGUGACUUGCCCAGGGUCACAGUUAAAAAAUGUCUAAGAUUGCAUUUGAAUUCAGGUCUUGGUGACUCCAAUCCAAUGCUCUAUCCAUUGAACCACUGGCUGUCUUCUUAGAUAUUGAUUACUGCUUUAUAAUAUGAUUUGGAAUUGGUCAUGUUAGACCUUCUUUUCUAUUUUUUCCAUUUCCCUUGAAAUUCUUGACCUCCAGAUAUAUUUUGUUACCAUUUUGUCUAGUUACAUAAAGUUAAUCUUGGUAAUUAAAUUUGGACUAUUCAGUACAGCCAUUAGAAUGAGAACUCCUUAAAUCUAAGGAAUUUUUAAAUGAUCAGUUUUUCUUACCCAUUUUAGUUUCUUCACUUAGUAUUGAAUGCCUCUCCAAAUAACUAAUUAUCUGGUAAUUUAAGUAUUCAUACUAGAGAGGGAAAAAGGAAGGAAGUUUAAGAAUUACAUGUCCAAAAGAGAUUAUUAUUAGUCAAGCAGAUAUAGAAGUGGCAUAUUGCUAGCCUCUAAAUCUGUCAGAUUGAGCCAGUGGUUUGGCCGCUCUCCAGAAUUUUGUAGCAGGGCAAUUCUAAAAAAGAUUUUUCAACUUUCUUUUCAUAUUGGCAAAAUCCCUUAUUUGACUUCUGUUCUAGAUACUCCUUCUUCUUUAGGGGUUUCCAGGAUAGUAAUUGGUACAAGAUUAUCUGUGAUACUGAUUCUACAUUCUGCUCUGGGAUCUUUGAGCACAGUAAUAGGUUAAAGAAGAUUAGAGUAAGAGAGAGGAAUAGAUGAGAUCAAGAGAGGGAACUCUUCCAUCAUUUACCCAUGUUUUAUCUAUAAUGCCAAGCUUUCUGAGCUCAGCUGGACAUUUGCAAAAUAAUUAUUGAGCAAAAAGGGGGCAACUUUCUUCGUUGGCUAUAGGGGUAAAACCAAAACAUACCAAUUAGCUGACAAAUGCCAGCAGAAUAAUAUUAGGUUAUUCUCUCAAGUAAGAAUCAAAAGCCACAUAGAAGUUAUUAUUUUUCUUUCUCCUUAGACUCAAUAGGGGAGAGAGAAUAAACUUUUGAUACACAAAGAUCCUAACACGGGUAUUUAGGCCUUAUAAAUAUAUCUAUAAAUGUGUGUACAUGUGUAUAUAUAUAUAUACAUAUAUACAUCUUAUAACAAGCAAUAUUCAUUAAUUUACAUUCUUCAGAGUAAAAAAGGAUAGUACUUAGUGUUUACAGGAUUUUCAGAAGCAAAACUAUGCUUAAAUAUCUAAUAAGACAGAAAUAUAAUACUACUAAAAUCAGAUGUUAAUGAGAAGAAUUGCAUAAGAUAAAGUCUUAGAUAUACAUGGUAGUUUGAUUGGUAUGGCAUUAAAUUUAAAAAUUAAUUUAGAUAGUAUAAUUUGUAUAGGUACAGCAUAACCUGGCAUAAUAUCUCUCCAGUUUGUUUGAAUUCAUUUUAUUUUUGUAAAGAGUGUUUAGUAAUGGUAUUCACAUAA